AUGGCGGCCUCUCACGGUCCGGGGGAGAUUAACAUACAGGCGGGAGAGACGGCCAAGAUCGGGGACAGGGACCUGCUGGGGAACGACUGUCCGGAGCAGGACAGGCUUCCCCAACGCUCCUGGAGGCAGAAAUGCGCCUCCUACGUGCUGGCCCUGCGGCCUUGGAGCUUCAGUGCCUCACUUACCCCGGUGGCCUUGGGCAGUGCCCUGGCCUACAGAUCCCAGGGCGUCCUGGAUCCCAGGCUGCUGGUGGGUUGUGCCGUGGCCGUCCUUGCCGUGCACGGGGCUGGCAAUUUGGUCAACACUUACUAUGACUUUUCCAAGGGCAUUGACCACAAAAAGAGUGAUGACAGGACCCUGGUGGACCGAAUCUUGGAGCCCCAGGAUGUUGUCCGGUUUGGAGUCUUCCUCUACACUCUGGGCUGUGUCUGUGCCGCUUGUCUCUACUACCUGUCCCCUCUGAAACUGGAGCACUUGGCUCUCAUCUACUUUGGAGGCCUGUCUGGCUCCUUUCUCUACACGGGAGGGUGGAGCAAUCCCCUGGGAAACCGGUCCUCUUGGGUCCCCCGGAUUGGCCCCACAGAGUUGGCCUUCCUGGCCGUUUUGGCUGACGAGGGACUCCUGCGGAAAAGGGUGGACAGCUCAGAACUUAUCCACAUGAUGGGUCUGGCCAUGCCCUGA